UUUUUAGUCACAUUCUCUCAUCCCGAUGUCAAGUCUUUUUGUACUCCUUGGCAUUAUUUGGUAUAACAUGUAACAAAGGUCUUAUUGUUUGAAUUCGAACACAGUCAAGAACUCCAUUACACGCUCUUUCUCACAUCUGUGGAGCGGUGCCACAACUCUCUCCUUUCUUGGGUGGCUCUGAUGGCGCGGCAACCGCUCUCCACUCCUCGGAAUAGUAACGCUUCCUUUGCAUCCGCGGCGUUCACGCAGUCCCACGGAGACCCACAACCCUGGACCGGGGCGCCUAGAGUCUCAUUUCCGAUGACUUCCCUGUCCUCUGAUCAUCACACACCGCACCACGCAUUCCUCAUGCCCCCUAGUGUAGCUGGCGGUCGCCGCGGCAGCACUGACUACCGCCCAAGCAUAAAAAAGGCUCAAGGUCAUAUUCCAGCAUGUCUGGUCAAUGCAUCUGUGACGUAUUGCAACAACGAUCAGAUCUACGCCUUUGGCGGGUUCGAUCAGUAUACUGAUGAAGUGUACAACCACGUUCUGAGGCUGAACCUUAAAGAUCUUCGCUGGGAACUUGUGGACAACUAUGGCGAUAUCCCAGGAGUUCGCAUGGGACAUACUGCCACUCUCUAUCAAGGGACUAAAUUGAUCGUCUUCGGCGGAGAGAAUGAGCAUCGCGAAUAUCUUUCCGAUGUGGUCAUUCUCGAUAUCACCACUUCCACUUGGACUCAACCGGAAAUCCGUGGACCAAUACCGCGAGGAAGGGCCCGCCAUGCUGCCGUCAUUUACGAUGACAAGCUUUUUGUCCUAGGAGGUGUAACUGGAGAUAACAAAAUCCUUGAUGACUUGUCUUAUCUCGAUCUGAAAACGUGGACAUGGUCUCGGACCUGGAGAUUUACGGCCCGCUUCGAUCAUACGGCCUGGGUUUGGGGCGGUCGCUUGUGGACUUUUGGAGGCCUUGACCCGGGUAUGGAACGUACGACGGAUAUCUGGUGGCUUGAUCUCAAAGACAUCCAAUCUCUUGGAAUGACAACAUCGCAAGGUACCGUAGACACCCCCGCGACAAUCGGCAGGAGUACUCAUAGCCCAGACACAAUGUUCAAUAGUCCAACACAACAGCUCUCGGGACGGUCCGGUAGCUACGCAGCAAACUCGGGGAGUGUCCAAGUUCGCAAUUCAAAUCGACGGAAGCCGAUCGCUCCAGGUGCCAUCUCGUGUCUUCAGUUCAAAUCCGGUCCUCACGUACCUGCGCUGUUCUCUGGUACCCACUUCCAAGCCUAUGCGUCUGGUGUUCUGCUCGACUUGAUCACUCCAUCGGAGACCGUGCGUAUUUUUGACUGUAAUCUGUCGUCGUUGGAACUUGACUCGCUACGCUGGCAGAGACUAGCCGAUGGACAGGAAAUAUUCAAAUCGGGUUAUAGAUGGCAUUACUGUACAGUCGAUGCGAGCGGCACCAAGGCGUGGCUAUUAGGCAGCAGUUCGGAUUCCGGCGCCACUCCUGGAACCGCUGAUGAGAACCACAUGAGCGAAGUUCUCUGUAUUGACCUGGAAAGGUACGGCUUACUUGGCAAUGAGAUAACGGCCGCCUCGCCCGACCAAGGCAGAGCACUACUUUCGGAGCGAUCGGGGGUAUCGCCCUUAUCUGGGCUUGGUGCGGACCUGUCGGCGGUCUUUGAUCAAGCGCCUGAGACAGGUAGUGGUGCCGACUUUAUUAUCACGGCCAACGCAGACGAUCAGGUAAACGAAGAUGAGCUUGGAGAGGAUGCUUCUUCCCAAGCUCAGCCUGCGUUUCUACCUCCUAACGCGACCACUUCCCCACCCAUCCAUGUGCAUCGGAUUAUAUUACAACUAAGAUGGCCCCAUUUCAAAAGGCUGUAUUCUGCUCAAAUGGUCGAAUAUCAUUCGAAGAAGAUGCAUAUUCCCGAGCCUUACUCGGUCGUUCGUGCAUUCGUCUACUACCUGUAUACUGAUAGCAUCUCAGGUCACCCAGAAUAUUGUUCUGACAUUGUCGAUGUGGCGGGCAUGCUCGUUAUGGCCAACCUGUACGACAUGCCUAAGUUACGAGUGUUAUGUGUUAACCGGUUAAGCCGCGAGCUGGACGUCGAGAAUGCAGCCAUCAUCUGGGAGCGAGCCGGCCGGACGAAUGAAGAAUGGCUGAUGCGCCGUGCAGCCCAGUUCUGUCUCAGCAACUGGGGCCGAGUAGUGCGCACUGAUGGCUUCAAGUCUCUGAGCAGGCAGAGUUUGAUUGAAUUAUGUGAGGUGGUUGACAUGGAAGGCCGCGUUGUUGCAGGACCUGAAUUGGAGAUGGUUGGAGCGCUUUCCGCAGAGGGAUUUGGCUCCGGCAGAGAUCCUAAGCGGUCACAGCUGGCUCUCGGCGGCACCAUGGCUGACGAUGUCGAUGACCUCGAUGGUGAGGAAAUGGAAGGGAUGGAAAUGUCGUGAUACCAUUGGGUUACACCGCCGCUUCGAGCUACAAGUCGGUGCCUAAGAAAUAGCGGUUUUGGGGGGGGGAUUUCCCUCAUACCCUUUGCAUGCUCACUAACCUUCAUGACAUGAUUGAUAUAGGUAACGAGGUAUGGAUUAUGAUCAAGCGAGGAGUUGCGAGACAAGGAUUACAUUACAUUGCAUUUGGUGUUUGGUAUUAUUGCAUGAUUUAACCAUGGUGUUUUGUUUGUUUUUACUAUUUAGUAUUAGUACGUCGAAUCAAAUGAGGAUUUGAUUACUUCUUGUAGUUUCGACUAUACCUAUUCCAGGCCCUCGGGAUACG